GUUGGGUUGUUGUAUGAAACGGCUGAGUUUGGUGUGUCAUUCGGUUCGCUACCUCGCUCGUUGACGGAUGUGAGUGCAUGAGAACGGAGCGGUGUUUAUUGUAGUAGGAAAUCAAAAGUAAUCACAAAACAAAUUAACAACGGAAGAGGAGCAGGAAAAAAAUAAACAAUUGUGCGAAAGUGUCGAACAAGAAAACAAAAAGCUAUAAAAUAAUUAUUAUCAAACAAUUUCCAACGGAAAAUCGACAAGUGUUGUUGUAAAACAUUAAGCGCCGCAUAUUACGUUAAUAUUAUUGGAAAUACAUACAUACAUAUGUAUGUAAAUAAGCUUUACUAUUCAACUGUGCGCAGGUGUUGCAAGUGUAUUUUGUGUGGCAAGUGUCAUUGAAGGCUCAAAACCGCGCAGCUUAUUAGAUAUUAAAUUUGAAAAUAUAAACAAAAAAUAAGCAGUGACAAGGCAUAUGAAAAUUAUAUGGAGCGGAAAGUGAUUUUUUCUAAGAGAUAACCCGAAAUAGAUUUGAAUAGUAAAAAUCAGCGGAAAAUUAAUUUUAAGCGCAAAACAAAAACAAAAUUUAAUAAAUUUUUGUGUAAAAGAAAUACAAAAAACGGUUGAGGUUACUUCAAAAUUUUAUUUUGAAAAGAAAAAAAAAUAUUUUGAAAGGAAAAAAAUAUUUUAAAAAGAAAAAAAAUUAUUUUGAAAAGCAAAAAUAUUUUGAAAAGCAAAAAUAUUUUGAAAAGAAAAAAUUUUGUUUAAAAAGAAAAAAAAUUAAUUUGCAAAAAAACAAACAUUUUUAAACUAAAAAAGUUGAAAAAAAUUUUUACAACUAUAAUUUACAAAAAAAAGUGGUAACAAAAAAGCUUAAUUUUAAUUAAAAAAAAUUAUAGAAAUAAGCUUAACUUUAAUUAAAAAAAUAAAAAUUACCAAAAAACCAUAAAACUUAAUUAAAAAACAUUAAAAACCAGCAAUUCACAGUGUAAAAAGUAAAUUUCAUACAUUGAAUUACAAAAGUGUUGAAAAAAAUAAUAAAUCACACACAGUACUUCGCAAAAGUGUUGAAACAACUCAAACUCAAGUGUUAUUAUAACCCCCGCAACCCCCAAAAACGCAACAGUGUCAACCAACGGACACGCUAAACUGCCGCGGAAGCGUAGAAAAGGCCAAUUAGCACAACAAACAACAGGCAAUUUAGCUUAGACGGCCCAACACCCGCUACCAACGUGCAAACGGCGUGUCAAAGCGCCGCGAAACGCGAAAAAACAACUUGACGGCGGAUUAAAGCAACGAACAAAAUAGCAUUAUUGUUGUUAGUGUGCUGGCUAGGCAAAUCGUACGCCAACCCCAGGGAUAAAUCGGAGUAUAAAUGUCAGAAGUGUAUAAGUGAGUGAUGAAAAUUGACAAAAAACAAACAGUUAUAAUCCUAAAACACAAAUAAACUGUUAAUUGCAGCAAUAAUUGCAACAAAAACAAAAUUACAACUACAAUUAGUUAGUUGCAACGGUUAAAGCACAAAUCAAGUAAAUAUUAAAAAAAAAACACAAACACAAUAUAUGGCCAAUACAAAAACAGCAAGCGUAACGGCAACAGCGACAGCAAGUGCAACAGCUAUUGGCGGCAGCGAGCAACAAUUCUGUAUGCAAUUAAAUGCUUCAGAAUUAACGGCGAUCAUAAUGAAAGGUUCACCCAAUUCCAACGAUCGCGAUGCUGGCUUCUGCUCCGGCAGUUCUGAGGGUGGCGACGAUCUCGAUCGUAUGGAGCAUGCGCGUCUUGAAAGCAGCAGCAGUCCCACCAGCCCCACCGAUGCGACAACAGAGCCCUCCGAGGAUUCCGUUGAAGUCAAAGUCACACCAAUUGCGCUGGUGCGCAAUAAACGCAAAAGUUCGGAACCCUCUAAGGUGGUGGACGCAAGCGCGACGUCUAUUGCGGCGGGCGCGCAUGCUCCUGCACUCGCCACAGCGCCAUUGAAGAAACGCAUACGUUAUACCUCGACGACAGAUUCCGCAGUGGUGUUGACACCGCCAGCGCUUGCGACACCGCCACCACCGCACGGCAUCUGGGAUCCUAGUCAAGUGUUACCUCAUGAAUUGAUGCCAAAUCCAGCGCAAGUGUUCGUGCGACAUCCGGGCGUCACGACACUACAUCGCAUACCCGCCACCACCGUCGAAGAGCAGCUGGAGCCACUAGCGCUAGUUGCAAAGAAACCGACCACCGCAAGUAGUGUUAAGGUUGAGUGCGAGCAAGCGCAUGCGUAUGCGCACGCGACCGCAAAGUGCGCGCCUGCCAGCGAUGAGGCAGCGCCGUCCGUUUAUGUGCCGAAGAAGCAACAGGCAACCGCAAAUAGUCAACUAAAGUUCCAUGUCAACAACGAGUCCGUACCGCUAGCGUUAACGACGAGCGCGCAACACUUGCACGCUGCGCGGGACGAACACGCGCUACAACAACAUGCAAGCGCUAAUGGCAGCGCGUUGCAAUACAAUAAACCCGGCAGCGCAGCGGAUGAGACGCCCAGCGGUAGCGGCGGCAGUAUUGGUAGCGGCAGCGCGCGUCCGCAACAACGUAACUAUAAGAAUAUGACGCGCGAGAGACGUAUCGAGGCGAAUGCGCGCGAACGUACGCGCGUGCAUACCAUUUCCGCGGCAUAUGAGACGCUGCGACGCGCUGUGCCCUCCUAUUCGAAUGCGCAGAAAUUGUCCAAGCUUUCGGUGCUGCGCAUCGCUUGUUCCUACAUUUUGACGCUGAGCCGCAUGGCUGGUGAGGAUUACAGCGCUGAUGGUUCUGAGCCAUCGUUGGCCGAUUGCUUCGAUGCGGUCACCGAAACCAUACAGACUGAGGGCAAGAUUAGAAAGAAGAAGGACGAAUAAGCGCUAAGCGGCGAUAAAGUGAAAGCUAGUUAGCAAGCAGGUUUCAACAGUGCGUUUAGCACAUAAGACUUUAAUUUUAGACUUGCUAAUUUUCCUACUGAGCAAUUAAGUAAAACAAUAAAUUAAAAUAAAAAAAAAUUAUUGUGACUGAAGCUUUUAAGCACUGGCGCUUAAAAGCGUACGAAGCUUUUGCGCGUGCGAAGUGAAAGCUCAACUGUGUGAGCAAGUGUAAUAAAGCUUUAAAAGCGUUGAUAUGGCUUACAAAAAACGAUCAGUUAAUACUAGUAUGACAUGCAGGCGAUGAAAGCGCGCAUGAAAGCUCAAUCGAUUUGAUAUUAACUAAGUAAUAAUUAUUUUGAUAAGUAUGAUUGUAUGAUGUGAUGACGCUUUCGGCAAUGAGUAGUUGUAUAAAAAAAGGGGUUAAAAAUGUAAGACAAUUUUUCGUAAAUUUAUUUGUAUGCCAGAGAGAGCAGAGCAGUGUGAUGUAGGAGAGAGAGAGGGAGAGGGGGAGUGGUUUGUCGAAGAGUAUGAACAUGCUAAAAGUAAAGAAAAGAAAACAAAAACAGUACAAAAAUGUAGCGGUAAACUAAAGUAAGCGAAAAGCGCAAAAUAUUUCAAGCGACAUAACGGUUUUGAGUCUUAGAGCAGAAAACAAAUAAUAAAAAAAGUUAAAAAAAAAAUUAAAAAAUAAUAAAAAAAUUUUAAAUUCUUAAAUUUAAUUUUAUGUAAAAAAAGACUAGUAAUUUGAUUAAAAUCUGCAACAUUUUUUAAUAAAUAAAGUACCGUUGCAAAAGCAUUUCGCUUGCUGCUUAGGAAAACAAAACUAAAAUCGCUCAAUUACCGCCAAGACAAUAAUUGUAAAUUAACGGUAAAUAUUUCAAAAAAAAAUAAGUAAUAAUUUUAAAAUUUUUUACUACAACAAAUGGCAGUUAUUCAUUGCUACAACACACUCGAAUGACAAUAACUAUAUUAUAAAAAUAAUAAUACAAAAAAAAAACGAUUUUCAAAACAUUUUCUCAAUAAAAUUUUCAAAAGCUCCUACAUAUUUAUAAAAUUUCAACUCUACUCUCUAUUUAUUAUAUAACAACCAUGGCUCUUUCGCUCUUGUACAAAUUAAUGUAAUUGUUGCAUGCAACCACACUACACGUAUGUUCACUACUACAUAUAUACAUAUAUCUAUAAAUAGUUUUAAAGAUAUUUAUGUCGCUCUAGCAACCCUAAAUCAAGCUAUAUAUAUUAUAUAACUUUUAUGUAUGUAAUGUUAAAUUUAUGAAGAAAAAAAUCCUAUUGCUACUUUUUUGUGAAAAUAAGCUGCAAAGUAAUUUUACUCUAAUAAUUAAUAUAUUUAAUAUUUAACUGUAAUCUCAUUGUUUUUAGUCUCUAAGUUGAAGUGCCAUAAAAUGUGUUGAGAGAAGAGAGCAAAACAAAAACAACAAACAGCAAUUACAAGAACUUCAAAAAAAUUUUGCAAACUAAAAAAGAUAGUUGAAAAAAGAACACAACAACAAAACAAAAACAAUGAAAAUAAAGUUCAAGGCUACACUUUAUGGUGUCUACAAAUAUUGAAAAAUCUAAAA